AAGCCAAGAAACGCGCGUGCGCAGCCGCAAAAAGAGUCAGUCGAUCGUCGGCAGUCUCCGCGUAGAGUCAACUCAAAUCGUGAUCCGAUCCGUGUUCUCCAGAGUGCACUGCAUUUCCAUAUCUCCAUACACAAUAUCAUUUGCAGCAACUUGUUUUCAAAGUCAUUACGUGUCGGCCAGUCGCUAAACAAAUUGUGCAUUUUUAAAGACAAUCGCACGGAGCAAGUGCAAGUCAGACAAUUUAUGCCAUAUUUUUGUGGGUUUUCUGGAGCUUCCUGACACAAAGUGCCAUCACCUGCAUACGAAAUCCAAGGAAAUAUAAAAAGGGAAACAAAAAUACACACGGUCAAUAUGCAAAUGGAAAAGCACACACUUCUGAUUCUUGUUCUACUGGCACUAAUCUUGUGGACGGGUUCUUCGGAAGCAGCCCGUCGUUUGAGAAAGAAGCCGAAGGUCUACAAUGCCCUAAUCACCACCGAUGACAAUCUGACUUCCAGCCGGGCCUAUCCGGUCAUCCAGCCCACUAUCCACGAGCCAGGAUACGCCCCAUUUGGACCCUAUAAUCCCUAUGGCUUCUACAGUCCUCCGAUCGUGCGCUUUGGUCAGCCAAUUGUCCCUGGUCUAACGCCCAAUGAAAGGCUCCCCUACCCCCUGCCAGCUCCUGCCCAGUAUCCAAGUGGCUUUGCUCCAUAUGAGCCCCAACAGCCGGUGGAAUCUCCCGUGGAGCAGCAGCCCCAGCCAGAGUCGCCUCCAGGAUCCGUGGAGCCGCAGGAGAUGCCCAAGGAGCAAGCCCCACUGCCACUCAACCAGCAAGGACUGCCGCCCGUACUCAUCCCCCUGCCCUCCCAGUUUAGGGGACAACCCAUGCACCUGCCCCCAUAUCCUUAUAGCCAGUACCCAGUGAUCUACGACCAAGCGGGUUACAUAAGGCAGAACUACCUGCCGCCUUAUGAUUACUACCCCAGCCAGGGCUAUCCCAUUCGCGGGGCUACAUCUCCUACAACUUCUCCUCGACAGGAGGAGGAACAACCUCAGGCCCUUAAUCCUCCCCAGAGUCCGCCACAAAUACAGCCACUACCACUGGAUAAUCUGGAACCCGCGCAGCCCAGUUUCGAGGACAUUCGCAACGGAUCGGAGAGCAAAAACAGUGCGGUUCCGGAUGUUCCACCUCCGCCAAUACCCUCUGGACCCAAACGUCCGCGACCUGCGGAACCCGAACCGGAAAACUGAAUGCCAGCCGCAUAAUUCCGGUUGCACAGAUUCCAUACACGUAUUUAUUACCAUUUCGCUUAGGCAUAAUAUGAUUCGAUUGUACAAUGUCGCUUAACCCGUAAGCUAAAGUAAGAGUUCAUUCAGAGAUAACGAAUAAAUAAUAUAAA